GAGAUAUAGAUAGCCGCUCAUCUCGCAACAAGUAUAUAUUUUUAUAACAAUCAAGUAGAAAAUCAAGAAAAGCACGAAGAAUGUCUGACACGAUGGAUGGCAAAGAUUCUGCGACGGAAGCUCAACAAAGUGUGGAAGCUGCUGAUACAAAAACAAAUUCUUCAACAACAGCUGAUAGCAAUACAGAGGAGAUGCAGAAAGACGAAGCGGUUGCUAAGGAUGGAGUUGAGGUGACUGCAAGCACGACUGAAAACGCGACAUUGGAGAAGACUGAGACCCCUGCAGCCCAACCCGAAAGCAAGGAAGCCAGCCCUGAACCUGUCAAGACGGAUACGAAGCAAGAUGCCAGUGAGAAAACAGACUCCGAAGCGGAGUCGGAAGACGGUGAGCCCAGUGUCGCACUAUUCAACGCAGACCCAGUCAUCUCUGGCAAAAGGCAGAGAACCACUACGGACAGAUUAGCCACCCACCAGCCGGUGGUUAAGAGAGCUAAGGCCCAGCCAAAGGGUAAAGGCACGCCUCUGGGACAAAUCUCGAUGAUUGAGGAGAAGCUGAAGAAGCACAAGACUGAUGAUUUACAUGAUCUGCAUCGUUUGUGCUUUGGCUCGAAAGGGUCGAGGCUGGAGGUCAGAAAGAACCUGCGGCUAUUCAAGGGCUUUGACUAUGAUAGCAACCCCGCUAUUAAGGAUAAGACCCAAAACUCGCUGGAGAAACGGCACAUGCCAGCUCUCAGAACAAUGUGUGAUGUCAUAUGCAUUUCACACUCGGGCGACAAGGAGACGCUCAUGGACAACAUCAUGGACUUCUUGAACAGCCCAAAUGAGAGUGAGUGUGUAGCUGAGAAGAAACCAAAAGCAAAGGCAAAGACAAGCGGGAAAAAGAAAACCAGCAAGAAGACUGCCAAAGCAAGCAAGCCCGAGCGCGCGCCAUCAGCGUACAACCUAUUCAUCAAGCACAACCGACAGAAAGCGGUGACAAAGUUCCCGGAUGUAAAGAACACCGAGAUUAUGUCCAAGAUGAGUGAAAUGUGGAAGGAAUGUUCGAAGGAGGAAAAGGCGAAGUACACGAAAAUGGCCGAAGAUGCGAAGGCUGCUUUGGGGAAUACAUCCGUGAAAAAGUCAGUCAAAACGAGCGCCAAACCGAACGCCAAGAAACAAAAACCGGCGGAAUCAAGUGAGGAUGACGAGAGCGAGGAAGAUGAUGACGAAGAGGAGGCCGCAGAAGGUGACAGUGAUGAUGAUGCGCCGAUCGCUAAAAAGGCAAAGACUGGUCCUACGGACAAUGAAAUCAAAAAAGAAAUCAGGAAGAUUGUCAAGAAAGUUGGUGCGGGAAUCACAUUUGGACAAGUUCGCAAAGGCCUGACUGAGAGCUUCCCAACGUUGGAUAUCACACAACGGAAGGCAGAAUUGAAGAAGAUGGCAACAACGAUUCUACAGGGAUGAGUUGACGAGUCUCAACUACCCGGUCCUUGCUCCAUAUUAAUGGCUUCUAUCCCAUUCGCAAACUGGACCUGAGUAGGGAAAUGAUCCACGUACUACCGAUAUAAGAAGUACAAAUACAUCGUUAUGCUUAUAUCUAUCUCUUCGGACUUUGUAGCUUCAUCACUUGAAUCUGUAUCAAUAUCAGCCAUAACAAAAAUAAAGUAAAACAAGAUCGCAAACUAGACAGCGGCUUGCAUUCUAAUUAGCCUAGUGCGCCAACCGCGACCAGCUCCG